UUGAGAGUGUGUAAGAGUGAAGGAGUGAGUAUAAGACAAAAAAGAACGAAAACGACGAGCAAUUUUAUUAUCUGAAUUGAAAACGAAAACCCUAGUCUCUCGCAGCGCCACAAUCGCUCUCGCGCGUUCCACUCACCUUCGCCGGCUUCUCUGCAACCGGAUCUCGUGUUCAUCGUUCACAAUGGCGGGGACUGAAGCCAAAACCAAGAAAUCUGAUUCGAAACCCCAAAAGCAGCAGCAGCAACAAGGUGGUGGGAAGAAGAAGGAGGUGAAGAAAGAGACUGGGUUAGGGCUUACGCAUAAGAAGGCUGAAAACUUCGGAGAAUGGUAUUCCGAGGUUGUUGUUAAUUCGGAAAUGAUUGAGUAUUAUGAUAUUUCUGGUUGCUAUAUUCUGAGGCCUUGGUCCAUGGCCAUAUGGGAGAUAAUGCAAGCUUUUUUUGAUCCAGAAAUUAAGAAAAUGAAGAUCAAGAACUGCUACUUCCCUUUGUUUGUGUCUCCUGGAGUUUUGCAAAAGGAGAAGGACCAUGUUGAGGGAUUUGCUCCAGAGGUUGCUUGGGUGACUAAGUCUGGGGAAUCUGAGUUAGAAAUUCCUAUUGCUAUUCGCCCAACUAGUGAAACCGUUAUGUACCCCUACUACUCCAAGUGGAUUAGGGGGCAUCGUGACUUGCCACUGAAACUCAAUCAGUGGUGCAAUGUUGUUAGAUGGGAGUUCAGCAACCCCACACCAUUCAUCAGGAGUCGUGAGUUUCUUUGGCAGGAAGGACACACUGCUUUUGCAACCAAGGAGGAAGCAGAUGCAGAGGUUCUUGAGAUAUUAGAAUUAUAUAGGCGUAUAUAUGAAGAGUAUUUGGCAGUUCCUGUCAUAAAGGGUAAGAAAAGUGCGCUUGAGAAGUUUGCUGGUGGACUUUACACUACCAGUGUUGAGGCAUUUAUUCCAAACACAGGUCGUGGUGUACAAGGAGCAACUUCUCAUUGUCUGGGCCAAAAUUUUGCUGAAAUGUUUGAGAUUAACUUUGAAAAUGAGAAGGGAGAAAAAGCAAUGGCCUGGCAAAACUCAUGGGCCUAUAGUACUCGAACGAUUGGGGUGAUGGUUAUGGUUCAUGGUGAUGACAAGGGAUUAGUGCUUCCUCCUAAAGUAGCAUCAGUUCAAGUCAUAGUGAUUCCCGUGCCUUUCAAAGAUGCUAAUACUCAAGGAAUCUAUGAUGCUUGUGCUGCAACUGUGAAUACAUUAUGUGAAGCAGGUAUUCGUGCUGAGUCAGAUACUAGAGAUAACUAUUCUCCCGGAUGGAAGUAUUCUCACUGGGAAAUGAAAGGCGUUCCUCUAAGAAUUGAAAUUGGGCCAAAGGAUUUGGCAAAUAAGCAGGUUCGUGCUGUUCGUCGUGAUAAUGGAGCAAAGAUAGACAUUGCUAAUGCAGAUUUGGUUGAGGAAUUAAAGAAGUUGCUGGAUAAUAUUCAGCAGAAUCUUUUUGAUGUUGCCAAACAAAAACGAGAUGAAUGUAUUCAGAUCAUACAUACAUGGGAUGAGUUUAUACAAGCUUUGAAUGAAAAAAAGAUGAUCUUAGCACCUUGGUGUGAUGAGGAGGAGGUGGAAGCAGAUGUCAAAGCAAGGACAAGGGGCGAGACGGGAGCAGCUAAGACCCUUUGUAGUCCCUUUGAUCAGCCAGAACUCCCAGAAGGCACCAAAUGCUUUGCAUCAGGAAAGCCUGCGACAAAGUGGUCAUACUGGGGCAGAAGUUACUAGAUCUUGGUUGUGGUAUUUUCUGGAGCUAGUUUGAUAUUUAACCUUGUCUGAUUUGUGGGUUACAUAAAUAUUAGCUUUCUUUUGCUUGAGUACAUUUUUGUUUUACUUUGAUUUUAUACGUUACAAUAGAAUUCAGGUUUGAAGAUGAAUAUUACAUCUGUUGCCAUCUAAUUAUCGUUGGGAGCAUAUUGGUUCAAUACUUGCAUUGAGAACAGUGGUUGCGUAUGAACAUUGAAUUUAUUCA